UAGUUAGGUGUGCAUUAUUGCUCAGUUUCAGUUCAUCUUUAACUUCUUAAAAUCUUCAUCUUUUCUCGUUAAGACAAGAGGGUCCAAAACCCAGAAAGUUUUUUCCUUUUGAAUGGCGGAAAUCAAAGCCGAACCGAGUCACCACCACCCUCUCAUCAUUUCCCAACCCGAUAUCUCGGACCCACAAAAGCCUCAUAUCAAAACAAAGCGUCUCGCUUCACUAGAUAUCUUUAGAGGCCUAACAGUGGCGUUGAUGAUUUUGGUGGAUGAUGCUGGAGGAGAGUGGCCCAUGAUUGGUCACGCUCCUUGGAAUGGCUGCAACUUGGCUGAUUUUGUCAUGCCUUUCUUCUUGUUCAUUGUGGGUGUGGCCAUUGCUCUUGCUCUCAAGAGAAUACCGAGCCGGCUUGAAGCUGUGAAAAAGGUGAUUCUUAGAACUUUGAAACUCCUAUUUUGGGGCAUCCUGUUACAAGGUGGUUUCUCUCAUGCUCCUGACAAAUUAACAUAUGGGGUUGACGUAAAAAUGAUAAGGUGGUGUGGCAUUCUACAGAGAAUAGCUCUUGCGUAUUUGAUAGUGGCAAUGGUGGAAAUCUUUACAAAAGAUGCACAAGACAAGAAUCAAUCACCUGGGUGUUUCUCGAUAUUCAGGUUAUACUGUUGGCACUGGUUGGUUGGUGCAUGUGUACUAAUCAUUUACUUGGCCAUUAUCUAUGGAACAUAUGUUCCUGAUUGGCAAUUUACUAUUCAUGACAAGGAUAGUGCCGAUUUUGGGAAGGUUUUCAAUGUGAGCUGUGGUGUGAGUGGAAAACUUGAUCCUCCAUGUAAUGCUGUGGGAUAUGUUGACAGAAAAGUCUUAGGGAUCAAUCGCAUGUAUCAUCAUCCAGCAUGGAGGAGAUCUAAAGCUUGUACUCAAGAUUCUCCAUAUGAGGGGCCUUUAAGGAGUAAUGCUCCAUCUUGGUGUCAUGCACCUUUUGAACCUGAAGGAAUCUUGAGCUCCAUAUCUGCUAUUCUCUCUACAAUUAUAGGUGUACAUUUUGGACAUGUGCUUAUACAUUUGAAGGGUCAUUUAGCUAGACUCAAGCAUUGGGUCUUGAUGGGACUCAGUCUUCUCAUUUUGGGGCUUACUCUACAUUUCACACAUGCUAUUCCUUUGAAUAAACAGUUGUACACUUUUAGCUAUGUUUGUGUAACAUCUGGAGCAGCUGCAUUGGUUUUUUCAGCCAUCUAUGCCCUGGUUGACAUUUGGGAAUUAACGUUCAUCUUUCUGCCAUUGGAGUGGAUUGGCAUGAAUGCUAUGCUCGUUUAUGUAAUGGCCGCUGAAGGCAUCUUUGCAGGUUUCAUUAACGGGUGGUAUUAUGAUGACCCACAUAAUACACUGGUUUAUUGGAUUCAAAAGCACGUUUUCAUUGGAGUUUGGCAUUCACGAAGAGUAGGCAUGCUACUUUAUGUUAUCUUUGCAGAGAUCCUGUUCUGGGGUCUUGUCGCAGGCAUUUUCCACCGUUUUGGUAUCUAUUGGAAGCUUUAGUAGCUCGUUUUUGACAUACAUGUAUAUAUGUAUUCUUAUAUUUGGAGAGCGAAGCUACUGAUUUUCAUUCAUAGAUUAUGUCAAUUUGCUUCAGUGUACCAA